AUGCCAACCUUAGAUGAUAUUCUAGAGCACAUUGGAGAGUUUGACUUGUACCAAAAAAGGGCAUUUUUUGUCUUGUGUUUGCUCUCUGCUGCCUUCACACCCAUCUAUGUUGGUAUCGUUUUCUUAGGUUUUAUUCCUGAGCACCGUUGCCAGACUCCUGGGCUCCCUGAAUUAAGAGCCAGAUGUGGCUGGAGCCUUGAAGAGGAGCUGAAUUAUACCAUUCCAAAGAAAGAAACCCAUGAAGAUGCUUUCAUUAGUCAGUGCCAGAGAUACAAUGUGGACUGGAAUGUAUCUGGGCUCAACUGCACAAAUCCAGUUAGUUUUUUCACUGCUCACAGCAACAUCAGCAACAUUCCUGUUGUUGCAUGCCAAGAUGGUUGGCUUUAUGAUUUCCAAGGUUCAUCCAUUGUGAGUGAGUUUAACCUGGUGUGUAAAGAUGCCUGGAAACUGGAUCUAUUUCAGUCAUGUGUGAAUGUGGGCUUUUUUCUUGGUUGCAUAAGCAUCGGGUACCUGGCAGACAGGUUUGGCCGAAAACGGUGCUUAUUAAUUACCAUCCUAAUAAAUUCCAUCUCUGGUGUCCUUGUGGCUGUGGUCCCUAGUUACACAUGGGUGGUGGUUUUUCGCUUGAUACAAGGAUUGGUCAGCAAAGGAGGCUGGUUAACAGGAUAUAUCUUGAUUGCAGAGUUUGUUGGCAUGAACUAUAGAAGAAUGGUUGGUAUUGUUUAUCAAGUGGCCUUCAGUGUUGGACUCCUUGUGCUUGCUGCUAUUGCUUAUGUAGUUCCUCACUGGAGAUGGCUGCAACUUGCUGUCACAUUGCCAAAUUUCUUCUUCUUGCUGUAUUACUGGUGUCUUCCAGAAUCCCCAAGAUGGUUGAUAGCCCAACAGGAAAAUGACAAAGCCCUGAAAAUUAUUAAAUGUAUAGCCAAAGGGAACCAAAAGGAGCUGCCACCAUCCAUGGAGAAACUUCAGCCUGAAGAAGAAAAACGUGAUAAGCCUACCCCUUCCUUUUUAGACCUGGUGAGAACGCCACAGAUAAGGAAACAUACAUUAAUCUUAAUGUACACUUGGUUUGCCAGUGCUGCAGUGUAUCAGGGCCUCAUCAUGCAUCUGGGAAUUGGAGGAGGCAACAUUUACCUGGACUUUUUUUAUUCCGCUCUUGUGGAAUUCCCUGCUGCCAUCAUACUCAUACUUACAGUUGACUGCAUAGGCCGCCGCUUUCCCUGGGCUGCGGCAAAUUUUAUGACAGGAAUUGCAUGUCUCGUUACUGCCUUGGUUCCUGAAGAUUUCUAUUGGCUUAAAAUGACUGCUGCUUGCUUGGGCAGGCUGGGUAUUACAAUGUGCUAUGAAAUGGUUUGCUUAGUCAAUGCAGAACUAUACCCAACAUUCCUCAGGAAUCUGGGGGUUCUUGUCUGCUCUUCCAUGAGUGAUAUUGGGGGGAUCAUAACUCCAUUCAUUGUCUAUAGACUGGCAAAUAUUUGGCACGAGCUUCCACUUAUUGUCUUCGCUGUCAUUGGCCUCGUGGGUGGUGCUUUGGUUCUGCUCUUACCUGAAACCAAAGGGAAAACUUUACCUGAGACUAUUGAUGAUGCCGAAAAUCUGCACAGGCCAGGAAGGCCCAAAGAAAAAAUGAUUUACCUUCCUGUGCAAAACUCAGAUGUGUCAACUUACUGAAGACAGCUGUGUUCCCCACAGUUUUCCAUUGAUGAGUAAGGAGUGAAAACCAAAAGUGUGGAUACAAGCAUAACUCUUCAUAAGGACUCUGAAUUCUUUGAACUCUCAGUAUCCUCUGCUUCUUGGUUUCCAGUCAUGACUGUGAUAGGUUCCAUAGAAUUCUGCGGUCCUGGCAAACACUUUAAAGCCUUCCACAGGGUGGUCCCUCCAGCUAUGUAAUCUGGCUGGAAAUGCUGUAAGUUGCAGUGAGUUUCUCAGUUUGGAAAUAGCCAUGCUACAGACAGUGCCACCUAGUAGCCCAAAAUGCAACAUGCAAAUUAUGGCCUUCAUAUAUAAACCCCAUUGAGUCUAAUAAUCCAUAUGACUUUGUCGAUAAAACUGCAGUCUUAAGGAUCCAUACAUGGAGAUACUCCUCAUUCAGAUGAACGGGAGACACUUUUGUGUAACAUAAUGUAAAAUAUGAUAGAAAAAUUGGCAUUGUCAGAAAGCUCAGCUUCACUCUGUUCCUCAUUUUUCCUUAAGUUUCGUUCUGUUUCAUUUAUCAAAUGUGAGGUUUUCUGUUUUCCACACAAAAAUGUACAUGCAUUUUCAUGAACACAUUUUCUAAUACACAAUACUGUUAACAGUGCUCCUAAUACAAAGAUUUUUAUAAGAACUCUUCAGAAGGAACCAGCAUUCUGGGCCACAGUCUUCACUUGGCUUAGGAAAGAUGUGCCAGGGGACACACUCCAAAUAGUAGUGCAUAGGCUCAAUAACCCCACCAGAGUUUCAUUUUAUUCUGCUGAUGUAUAGGUAGCCCUCGUUCAGUGACCACAGUUGGGACUAGCAACUUGGUCAUUAAGUAAAGCGGUCGCUAAGUGAAACCACGACUCUGCUUAUCACCUUACUUCAGCUUUCCUUUGCUUUACAGACUUGCAAAGAUCAUAAAUGUGAGGACUAAUGAUAAAGUUAGUUUUUCAUCACCAACAUAACUGCAAAUGGUGGCUAAACAAGGCAGUUGCUAAACAAGGACUACCUGUAGUUAAUCAUGUGAUCCUCCUGUCACAUUAAACAUUAUCAUAUGAUAACAGCUUUUAGAAGCCUCCAGAGAAGGGCUGUACUUAAGAUUUCAGGAGCCAUUUGAGGCCCAGGGUUCUCAACUUGAGCGUAUCCUGUGAACAAGGUUUUGCAACCCAGAGCCCUUUCUGACCAUGACUGGAAAAACUGAGUUUAGUGUCCCGCCACUUUUAAGGCAGAGAUGACAAUGUAGCAUAAAUUCUAAAAUAUGCUUAGCAUUGUUGCAGAAAGAAAACAAGAAAAAAACUUAGAAAAAUAGCAGAAGGCCCGUCCCUCCUCAUGUAAAUAAGGUGGCUUUGACCAAUUUGCCUCACUGUCCAACCUACUGUGGCCCUUAUUUCUCCUCCCCCAAGUGUUAAGUGCAGGUCUCAGGCACCUCUGUUUUAGAAAAUGUAUUGAUUCAUCCUUCUCUUCCUAAUUUUGGGUGCACCCUGGGCAAAAUUGAGACUAUGAAAAAA